CUCGACGAGUGGCUGGUGCCAGUCCUCGCCGCUCUGCAGAUGACGACGGCCCCGGACGCCUCGCCAUGGCCCUUCGCGGCGCUGGAGCUCGGGCGGGCUUUCAAGCGAGCUUGCGAGCUGCUGGGCCUGGGGCCCGCGGGCCCGCGCCGUUACUCCCUCCGCCAUGGGGGGGCAUCCGAAGAUCUCUUUCGCCAGAGGAGGUCAGUGGAGGCCGUCCAGAGGCGCCGUCGCUGGGCCAGCUCGCAGUCUCUCAAGCGCGACGGCGAGGGGACCCGCGUGUUGACGCAGCUCAACCAGGUGCCCAACCACGCGUUGCGCUUCGGGGAGCUGGUCGAGCAGUAUUCUGCCGCCCUAGUGGAGGAGGGACUGACCGGCAGCGGUGCGUGGUCCCUGGUUCCGACCGAGCUGCAGCGCUUGCUUCGCCGCCCAGUGUCGACGCCCGCUCCAUUAUGAAUGCAGCGCCUUCUGAUGUCGAUCGCCACCGGACUCAGGUGUUUCAUCUUGCUGCGCAGCGCGGUAGGGACUUCACCCGCUGCGCAUUGCUCGAGUUCUUCUGUGGCAGUAUGCGUCUGACCAAGCACUUCAGACGUCAUGGCCGUGGCGCCCUUGGGUUCGGCAUCGCGCGGCAUGCAGCUGAUAAUCAUAUCAGUCCGAUCGUUGCUAAGCGAGUCCGAGGCUGGA